CGCAGGCAGUCUUGUUAGGCGUGGUCCUCGUCGCUGGAUCCUCGACCCCGUCCUCGGCAUGGGCGUCCCAUUGACCUGUUCGCCCAUGGUGGUGCUUGUACCAUUCGAGAUGUGAUUCACUCCGGUGUUCUCGUGUUCCCUGCCGCCAUCACGACACUCGUCCCCAACACUCUGCUCGUGCUCAUCACUGUCUUUCUGAACUUCAUGGAGAGUAGUCGGUAGCGCAGUGUAACUCUGGGCAUGCUCGACAACUCCAGUGUCGUUCCGGCAAUCGUGACUGCUGUUGAUAGAAGCUCCAGGGCAGCGAUACUAGACAAAGCCACGGGGGCAUUCUCUAGUCCCUCUGGUCCCUCUGGGCCUUAGCCAGGCAGUGCUCUGUCCCCGUCUUUCUCUGGUCGGAGCAGCAGUUGUCCAGCUGCGGUGUGUGCAGCCAGCUCAUUGGCCGCAUGGUUUGUGAUGUGGCGGACGUCUCCGACGGCUGGGGAUUCGAUGGGUUGCUGGUCGAUGUCGACUCGUUGGACGAGCCCGACGCGGUAGCGGGUCUCGGCUGUGGCCCCGUAACGACGGAGGCUUUCGUUGAAUGCGCUACGCGGGACUCCGUCAUGACCACUUCAACUGUCGCCUCUGUGUUCGAUCAUGGUUUCGAGCAGGAGUUCGCUUGUUGUCUUAAACCUGCCGUGUUUGGUGUUGCCCACGAGGUUUCGCCUGUCGCAUCGACAUCUGCGGCCGAGCAGGGAGAGCGUCGCGCCGACUCUCGCUGUGCUGUGGGCAGGAAGAGCCGCUCAGUGAGGUGCGACGAGCGAUCUGACGCGGACCCGUUCCGAGUGAGGAAUUGCGCUUCUCGUAGUGCAACAAGCUACCGCUGCAGCGUCGCCUCAGUGAAUGCGAAUGGUAGCUCCAGUUCGAUGAGUGCAUCGGUUGUCGCGGAAGCGUGUUUGCUGCAGUCUGCCGACAGGUGGGACAGCUGUGCAGAUGUCAGUACUUUCACUAGCCACGGCUUGUCAGGGCGGCACGAUCCUUCUCACAGUGCACAAGCGAGGGAGCGAGGCGGUCAUUUACGGAACGAAAUCCAAAAGUUCAUUUCCAAUCCUGUUACUUAUGAAGCGUGCAGGCUUGAGAAUCUUGUUUUAGCUCUCGAGAUCAUCGCACUCCACGGCGGUCAUGCCUGGGGAACUGUGCCCGCUCGUCCUGUAAAGGCAAUUUCUGAAAUCGAGAGCGGCAGCCUCCAGUCGCACGGCACCCCAACCUGGGGAGCUGGUCCAAAGGUGGAGACCCUACCCGAUUAGGAAAGCAUCAU